UCUGCACACAUGGUCGACAGAUCUAUUUGCAGAGCGAGCUGCAGUGAGAAGCUUUGUCCUCCUAGGGGUUUUCGAGCUCGUGUUUGCUUCGCCCUCCAAAUUCGUUAACGGUGAACAAUGUAGCAGCCGACGACGGCGACGUUUCAUCACCGGGAGGACAUUUAAAACGAACCCCCACCGGGACCGCUCGUUGAACGGUUGUUAAAUCUCAUAAUUUAAUUGGAGAUCAUUUAAACCUGAACUCCCCCUUCUCAUUGGGAUCUAGAAAAGAGAAUAUUUGAUUCGUGGAUAUUUUGUAUCGAACAAAUCUAACCGUAAUGUAACGGCAUUUUUUAGAGUGGUAAGCGGUCUUUCUACGAGUGGGUGUCCGUUAUUUUUCGGCUGAGAUGUGAGAAGAGUUGUCGUGAUUUCUGCUGCAGUCCCGCUGUUUUAGCCUACAUCGGCUGUAUAAGGAACAAUAGCCUCCUAUCUGUGAGUGAACAGGGAGUUUGGUGGUGCCGCCGCUAGGUUUCUAAUGAACAGGGAGGUUGGUGGUGCCGCCGCUAGGUUUCUAAGGGGAAGUGGUAACAUUACAAAAUGAGACGUGGCUACAUUCACACAUAGUUUGGAGCAGAAUAUGGAUUUUUUUCUGUCGUCCUGGCUAAGAGUAGGGAAUGCGGUAAUGGAGAACCGGAAUAAUCCAAUAUAGCCUAACCGCUCGUGGCUGGAAGAAACGAAUAGACCCGUGGGAACGAGAAUGUUGGCGGUCCUGGAAAUUGUAGCCUGCAACACCGUAAAUCAAUCAACGACUGACUGAGUAAACGAAUUAUUGCUGAUUUGACCGUGGCGUCGGACGACGGUAGCCUACCCUAGAACAAACCGCCAAUAACGGAUAAUCGAUAUUUGUAUUGAUGACGGAAUCACAUCGAUGAUAACAACCCACUCGGCGCACUACACUACUCCACGUUCAGAAGAGAAUCAUAGUCUGUGCGUGGGCGUUGUAAGCAGUGUUGUUGACCGAAGAGGACACAUAUUUCGGGCUGACAGAUUGGCAGUGACACCGGUGGGUCUGUGAGUGUGAGAGGAUGGCAGCGGUAGUAAACUACUCUCCCCCGUGGUGGGUCAACCUGCUCCACCGCCUCCCCCACUUCAACCUGCAGUUUGAGACGGUCAGCAGCGACUUCAGACCCGAGGACUCAGAGUACCAGAAGUCGGUGCUGUUGCUAGGCGGAAUAGCUUUGGUGUGUCUGGCUCUGGACCUCCUCUUCCUCCUCUUCUACUCUUUCUGGCUGUGCUGCCGACGACGCAAGACCCAUGACGACACACGUUCUCACUCACACACACACCAGCCCCCCAACCCUGACUGCUGUUGUACAGCCUGGUGUGUCAUCAUCGCAACGCUCGUCUGCAGUGCCGGCAUCGCCGUGGGUUUCUAUGGAAAUGGGGAGUCAUGUGAUGGAGCCAACCGCCUGGCGUAUUCUCUACGGCACGCCAACCGCACCGUGGCAGGGGUCGACAAACUGGUGACGGACAGCGCCCUGUCUCUGAACCAGACAGUGGAGGGAGGUCUGGUCCAGUUGGAGACGGUCUACUCUGAACAGACUGACUACGUGUCCAUCGUCCAGAAGCUCCAGGGUCAGCUGGAUGAGCUGGUCAGACUCAUGGUGGACAUCCCCUUCUGGAGUAACACUGAGAUCUCCCUAGAAGACCUGGCCUUCAAGACGGAAGCCUUUGACUGGUACAGGUGGCUGGUAUACCUGACUCUGCUGCUGUUUGAUGUUCUGAUCUGUCUGCUGGUUCUGUUCGGACUGAUACGCAACUCUAAAGGCACUCUGAUUGGGGUGUGUUUGUUGGGUGUUCUGACUCUCAUCAUCAGCUGGGGGUCUCUGGGACUGGAGCUGGCAGCUGCCGCGACGGCCAGCGACUUCUGUGUUUCCCCGGAUACCUACAUCACCAGGGUAACCAAGGAGAACGCUGUCAUCAACCAAGAUAUCCUGCAGUAUUACCUGAGGUGCAGCAGUGGCCAAUCAAAUCCUUUCCAGCAUAAGCUGUCUGGCAGUCACAAAGCCCUGGUUGAGAUGCAAGAUGACGUGGCAGAACUCCUACAGUCAGCUAUACGGGAUUACCCCAACACCAAGGGGACUCUGGAACAGAUUCAGACUGUGUUGAACUCUACGGAGGUUGGCCUUCAUCAACUCACCGCUCUGGUCGACUGUCGCAGCCUGCACAUGGACUAUGUCCAGGCUCUAACAGGGUUGUGUUAUGAUGGAGUGGAGGGGCUGAUCUACCUGGUGCUGUUCUCCUUCGUCACAGCUCUCAUGUUCUCCUCCAUUGUCUGCAGUGUGCCACACACCUGGCAGAGCAAGAGGACGGAUGAUGAGGACGGAGAAGACGAGUCUGCUGCCCAAGGCAAUCGGGGGGCGGGUCCUCAUGAUAACCUGUACCGCGUGCACAUGCCCAGCCUCUACAGCUGUGGUAGCAGCUACGGCAGCGAAGCUAGCAUCCCUGCUACGGCCCACACUGUCAGCAAUGCCCCUGUCACUGAGUACAUGACCCAGAACGCAAACUUUCAGACCCCCAGGUGUGAGAACACGCCUCUGAUUGGCAGGGAAUCCCCUCCACCCUCUUACACCUCGAGUAUGAGGGCCAAGUAUCUGGCCACCAGUGGACCGGACCAGAACCGACGGUCAGUCCCCAAUGACCAGUUGGACCCAGCCAGCCGACCACAUCCCCUCGUCAGACCACAGUCAUCUGUCCACUAGAACCUUCCAGAACCUACCAAAACCUCCUAGAACCUAUUAUAACCUACCAGAAUCUUCUAGACUGAACUCAUCAACCACAAAAGAGCAGGAACAAACCAGCACCAAUUUUUCAUUCCACUAAAGAACCACAACCCACUAGAACCACCAACUCCUUAGAACCUGUUGACACAGUAGUCCACGUAUAGAACCAGAACCACUAAGGAUCAUAACCACCUCCUCAGCCCAUAGGAACCACUAAAAUAAUACUUCUCAGAUUCACCUGAACAGACCACAGUGGGUUGAAAACCAGAGCCAACCAACGGACCACCCUGCCCAGCUCACCAGAACAGAACCUCAACCAAUCAGCCAACCAACACCAACCUACCUACAGACUCCAGAAGAUCACCAUGAACCUUGUAGAUCUCCCCCCACCACCACCUCAGCUCCAUCUCCCCUACAACCGUCCCACAGUCCCACUCAGCUCUACACCAUCUCAAGCUGGAUCCUCCACCUCUUUACCAAGUAUACUGCCCUCUGGUGGUGACUGCCGGUAUGAGCCUGUUUAUUAAGUAUACUGCCUUCUGGUGGUGACUGCCGGUAUGAGCCUGUUUAUUAAGUAUACUGCCCUCUGGUGGUGACUGCCGGUAUGAGCAUGUUUAUUAAGUAUACUGCCCUCUGGUGGUCACUGCCGGUAUGAGCCACACACACAAACAUCCUGUAUAGAACUGUAAAUAGUGAAAUAGUAUGAGUUACAUUCUGGAGGAAGACUCAACUGAAACAUGGUGGUAUUUAGAGUGUGUGUUUCCAAGGACUGAGGCUGUAUCUCAUUCUAGGCCACACACACACACACACACACACACCUGUACGUGUGUGUACCUCUCUCUACUCUACCUGCCUCUGUAAACAACCCUCCUGCCAUCUAAUCUACCAAGCCACUAGGACACAGAAUCUGACUGCAAAACGGCCCCUGCACUCUGCAAAACGGCCCCUGCAUUCUGCAAAACGCUCCAACAUUCCUGUAACAUCUGGUGUUUUAAACUUCACUGCAAAGGGCUGUUGUGCAGACGGACCAUGUGGCCUGAAGCUGAAUUAGAAAGCCAUGUUGUGGAGUAACCACUCUCUGUAGAUAGAUUUAGCCACGACUGUACAGCAGUGACGUGUUAGCAUUUAGCCUGUGUUAAGAGCCACGUUAACUAACUACAUGUAUGACUACAACUUGAAUCGUGAGCUCUCUCUUGAGUGUGUUCAUGUGUUCUGUGUGUGUUUGCGUGCGUCUAACGCACAUGUAAAUAAGAGUCCAGGACCGAACGGAACAUGGUGGAAUUCCAAACGUUCUGAAAUCAGAUUCCGAUUCCAGAUUCCCAGAGAAAGAGUUUGAGUCCCAGAGUUAGUUUGGGAACGCAAUGAAAAGACGAAAGGAUAUGGGAGAGCUCACCUGUGGGUUAACAACUCUGUAUAAUGAGGGAUGUGAACUCUCCUAAACUGAAGGACAUGGGAGAGCUCACCUGUGGGUUAACAACUCUGUAUAAUGAGGGAUGUGAACUCUCCUAAACUGAAGGACAUGGGAGAGCUCACCUGUGGGUUCAUAACUCUGUAUAAUGAGGGAUGUGACCUCUCCUAAACUGAAGGACAUGGGAGAGCUCACCUGUGGGUUCAUAACUCUGUAUAAUGAGGGAUGUGACCUCUCCUAAACUGAAGGACAUGGGAGAGCUCACCUGUGGGUUCAUAACUCUGUAUAAUGAGGGAUGUGACCUCUCCUAAACUGAAGGACAUGGGAGAGCUCACCUGUGGGUUCAUAACUCUGUAUAAUGAGGGAUGUGACCUCUCCUAAACUGAAGGACAUGGGAGAGCUCACCUGUGCCAAAAUAACUGAAUAAUGAGGGAUGCUGAACUCUCUUUAUCCCAUCAUUCCUUUUUUUAGUUCCUUAAUUCUCAGAAAGGGAAAAUAAAUCCUGGAUAAUGUUGGAUCAUACGGUGAAAGACAGAGAAACUCUUAAAAUAAAAUGUGUUUUUAAUUUAGUUUUAAAAAAUGUAACUUGAUAAUGAAGAAUUGGGGUGCUGUGACCAACUUUCUCUUUAAAUAAAUAAAUGUUUACUUCAAUUUUUAUUAUUUCGUCAAACAGGGAUCUUCUUUAACGACCUGACUAAAGGUCACGAUGAGGUUAGAGGUCACAACCUUUCUCAAAACAGGACGUUUUUUUCUUCUUCUUCUUCUCGGAAGCACAAACGAUCUUCGCGGUGACUAUGGGAGACGGAAAAGAAGAACACCCACACGGCGACGUAACGUGCGUUGUGGGAACGCUUAGAGCCUCGUGGAACAUGGUGAAGUGAAAGGAAAGGUCUCCUUAACCUAGGUUAGGGGCCAACCAUAGAGUAAGAUACUUUACAAGGUACUCUAUCUAACUCUAUGGGGCUGCCAGUCGUUUAUCUCUAGGGGCCGACCAUAGUUAGACAGAGGACUCUCUAAAGACCCUCGUACCUUACUAGGUACUCUAACUAACACUAUGGGGCUGCCAGUCGUUUAUCUCUAGGGGCCAACCAUAGUUAGACAGAGGACUCUCUAAAGACCCUCGUACCUUACUAGGUACUCUAACUAACUCUAUGGGGCUGCCAGUCGUUUAUCUCUAGGGGCCAACCAUAGUUAGACAGAGGACUCUCUAAAGACCCUCGUACCUUACUAGGUACUCUAACUAACUCUAUGGGGCUGCCAGUAGUUUAUCUCUAGGGGCCAACCAUAGAGUAAAAUAGAGGACUCUAAAGUUCACUCUUACUUUACUAGGUACUCUAUUUAACUCUAUGGGUCUUCCAGUCGUUCUCUCUCUCGCUACUAUGUGCCGUGAAGUGUAUGAUGAUAAUAGUGUAGCUGUAAUCUCUCUCAUCACUCUUGUGUGUGAUGGCUCGUCCAGUGUAGUCUUGGUAUUGCUCUCUUCUCUCCUGUGUGUGCUGUCUGUCUGUACGUACAGUACAGUGGUCUGUGUGUGCUGUCUGUCUGUACGUACAGCACAGUGGUCUGUGUUGCCAGCAAAUUAAGGGUCAUUAUUAUUAUCCAAUCUUCAUCUAAGAAACACACACACACUAACGUUCAUUGCAGACCCACACAUUGCAGACACACACAUUGCAGACACAGACAGUAUUCUUUAUAUCUAGCCAUAGUCCUGUGAACUGUCUCACACACACACACACACACACACCAUAGAACUACAGUACACCCGCACUCCUGUAAAUUUGACACUGGUUAGCAUUUGCAUCAUGGGAAAUGUAGUGUAUUAACUAGAGGGAAUUCCAGUUAAUGGGAGAAAGAGUCCAUAGGAAUAAUCGUUCAAACGAUCUUGAUUAACUCGCUCCGGGUAAAAGUUGCCUUUAACCACAGAUCUAGGAUCAAUUUACUCUCCCAUUAUCCUAAUAUUAACCAUUAGGCGGAACACAAUUUUUUUUUCUUAGAUCAGUGUCUAGGAAGCAACUUCAUCCUACCCUGACAUGCUCAGUGUGUGUGUGUGUGUAUAUAAUUUACUGUGAAUGAAAGACCAGCGAGACAAUCGUAACUGGCGUGAUUCCACUCGUUCUUAAUGUUCUGUUUAUCACGUCACCAUGACAACGCUACCUAUACUACGGCGUUUUGCACGACGGGAGGAGGACCGAAAAAAAUAAAUAUAUAUAUACUGUUGGAAACUAAAGAACCAAUGGCCUUUUCUUAAACUUGUAACAAUCUAACAACUCUUCAUAUCACACGUUUUAAUUUUUCUGUCUUCUAAAAAAAAUGAAUCAUAAAAAAACAAACUAUAGCAGGCUCUUUUUGUAGGGUAAUAAUAAUAAUUAUUAUGUAAGAGCACCAUUUGUUUUCUGUUUUUCUUUAUAAUAAUGCUGAAUGACUGUCUUGAAUUGCAUUUUUAUUUUAAAUAAAACCGUACUGUAGAUUUUUUUUUAUGGUUGUUUUUAUGUACCUGGCUACAACAACGGUUUACUAAGAUGAUAAUACUGUCUGUUCUCAACUGUGGUGGUGACAUUAUUGAGCCUGGAAUCCAUGUUUUAAAAACAGAAUUAAAACAACUUUGACUCAGAA